AUGGAGGACGACUGGAUCUUUCUUGGUGACGGCACCGGCAGCGGAACCGACAGCGCCUCCGCCUCCGACGACGACAGCGGGUUCACGAUCGUGCGGCGGGGCCGCAAAGGCGGUGAUCAAUGCAGCGUCGUCGUCAGCGACGACGGGCCGGCGCUGCCUCGGGUGGCGGCCGUGGCCGUGCCGCAACCGACGCCACCGGGGCUCUCCUUCAAGGUGGUGUCCUACGCCGAGGCGUUCUCGGCCUCGGCCUCUUCUUCCUCUGAGGACGGUGGCGGCCGCGAGCUGAUGCCCGGAUGCAACGACGAGGCCACCGCCGGGAAAGCCAUCAUCCAAGGCGCUGGCAUCGACGACGCGGCUGGAACUGGAAGCACAGACGACUGCACGGUGACGUGCAAGGAGGGAUGCGAGUCUGGUCAGGUUGCCGAGCACGAUGGCACGGGGAGCUCUGCCGAGGCGCCUUCGGUAGCCGUAGCGGCCGCACCGGCGGUGAAUUGUCCGGAGACCACUGCUCCUGUCUUGUACGGCGAGGCGCACCCGGAGUUGGCGAGCGGGAUAGACCAGGGUGGUGCUGAGGAGGUGGAGGAUGAGGACUCCGAAAGUUGUGAAGAGGAUGACGACGACGACACGGAAAACUCUAGCGAGGACGAGGAGGACACGGACAGCUCUAGCGAGGACGAAGACGAGGACACGUUCAGCUCUAGCGACGAGGAGUACACAGAGAGCUUUAGUGAGGAGGAGUACACGGCGGAGAUCUAUAGUGAGGAGGAGGAGGAGGAGGACAAUGACGCAGAAUCCUCUGGCGAGGAAGAAGAGGAAGAAGGCUCGGAGAGCUGUGUCGAGGUGGAUUACGUGGAGAGCUCUGCCGAGGAGUCGCAUGACGCGGACAACACUGGCGGGGAGGAGGACGAUGACUCGGAGGUAUCUGGCGAGGAGCAGGAGGAGGAGCACGAUGACGCGGAGUGCUCUGACGAGGUGGAUGAUGUGGAGAGCACUGGAGAGGAGGAGGACGCCGAGAGCACUGGCGAGGAGGAGGGCGACGAUGACCCGGAGAUCUCUUGCGACGAUGACGUGGAGUGCUCAGGCGAGGAGGAUGACGUAGAGAGCUCUGGCGAUAAACCAGCCGAUCCUGAGAGCUCUAGCGCGGACUCGGAUGACGACGCCGAGAGCUCUGGAGAGGAGGAGGAGGAGGAGGAGACAGGGGCUACUGCGGCAUGCGACGCCAACGCAGAGCAGGGAUCGGCCAAUGCCAACGGGGCAGUGAAGGAGCGGUCGGAGUCCUUUCCUAGCAAGUACUACGAUGACAUGGAUACCGACAGUUCUGGUUCUGACAUGGAUACCGACAGUUCUGAUUCUGGUUCUGACAUGGAUACCGACAGUUCUGACAUGGAAGAUGACGAUUGCUUGGAGUCUGAUGAGGAAGAUGACAUUGCUGAUGUAGCAGAGAACGGCAACCAACACAUCUUUGACAAGCUGUUUCCCAAAGCUAAGGCAUGCGGCGCCAACAUGGACGACUAUGAGGAGGAGGAGGAGGAGGAAGACGGGUCCUUGUUUGACAUGCUGUUGCCCAGGGACUGUGCCAUCGACGACGACAUUGACAGUUUCGACGGGGAAGACGAGGCUGCUACUGCUACUGUGACAUGUGCCUACAGCGCUGAGCCGAGCCACGGAACCCGGCGGCCGGAGUUUGCUGUUCGCGCUGCUCGCGGCUACGACGACGUUGAUACAGAUUCUGACAUGGAAGAUGGAGACGGUGAGGUUGCGGCUGAUGUCAAUGGGACAAGCCUCUACGAUUGGCCAAGAGCAAGAGCCACGACCGGCGGCGGCAUCGAAAGCCAGUGCUGGGGAUUUGCUUGCCAAAGUCAGACGGAGAGGCAAGCGUUGUGGGAGCGGGAGGACCUGCGGCGGGUGCUGAAAGACCUGCGGCGGCAACUCGCGGCGGAGGCGUUCGAGUCGUCGGGGCAGCAGCAGCAGCGGAGCUACGACGACGUUGACGACACUUGCGACGUGCCCGGCACAGCGGCCCCGGGUGGUGGUCCGGCGGGGAGCUUCACCUGCGCGCCGACGCCGGAAGCCCAGUUCACGGCGCGGUCGGUGCGGGACACGGAGCGGGAGCUGGCGAUGGAGGAGGCGAGGCGACGGGAGGCCGCGCAGCAGGAGCUGGACCGCGCGCUGGCGAGAGAAGCGGCGCCGGCCGCCGAGGCAUUGGCGUCGGCGUUGGAGGACUGCGCCACCGCCGAGCGGCAGGCUACUGGCGACGUCACGCGGCCCGCCGUGGCAAAGCGUGAUGUCCCGGCCGACUUCACCUUCAUCAUCGGCGUUUAUAUGUUCGUGUUUCUUGUGGUUUCUCUCUUGUCGCUUGCGUUGCCAAGUAACUGA